AUGACUCUUAUAAUAAGAUGUGCGGAUGUUUUAGAAAGUACAGUAAAUGUAGAAGAGUUCUUUCUAGAAUUUCUUAAGGUCGACGACACGUCAGGACUGAGUCUUUUUAGUGAACUUGAAGAUGUAUUUAAGAUUCUGGAACUUGACAUUUAUAAUGUAAGAAGACAAGGGUAUGACAAUGGAUCUAAUAUGAAAGGAAAAAAUAAAGGUGUGCAGAAAAGACUCCUCGAAGUAAAUUCUAGAGCAUUCUAUACUCCAUGUGGCUGCCAUAGUCUUAACCUCGCACUUUGCGAUAUGGCAAACUCUUGUUCGAAAGCUAUAUCUUUUAUUGGAGUGAUACAACGUUUAUAUACUUUGUUUUCAUCUUCUACUAAGCGGUGGGAUAUUUUCAAAGAGCGUGUUUCUGGUCUCACACUUAAGCCAUUGUCACAAACACGAGAAAAUGGAUUUAAGGAGGCCAUUACUGAAGCUAUAAAGGUUGCAUCUGAAAUGGAAAUUGAAGCUGUAUUUCGUGAAAAGCGUAUCAUUCGCAGGAAGAGGCAAUUUGAUGAAAGUGCUACCGAAAAGACAAUAUUAUCUCCUGAAGAAUCAUUUAGAGUUAAAUACUUUCUAUAUAUAGUGGAUCAAGCUAUUUCUUCUCUUAAGAUUAGGUUUGAACAAUUUCGGCAUUAUGGUUGCCUCUGCAGAAAAAAGCUUUUCAAAGUUAAAAUUGAUCGAAUCUUACCUUCGAUCAACUAUGUCACAAGAAAGAUUGAAUGGCUUAGCUAUAUUGUCAAUUGA